UGUUUAACAACUUUACUGAUCGACAGAUACAGAGGUGCACCCAGGGUCCCGGCGCGGCAUAGCAGUCAAUGAAUGCAACGUACCCUUGACUACUCGGAUGAAGGCGGUGCUAGUUGUGCCCAAGCAGCAGCAGGGCCUUGCCUUUGUGGUUGUAGAAAGAGAAGAUGGCUCCCGUUCUGGAGAAACAGCUCCCGGGCGCAGCUGGGGCAGGCGACAAUAACAACGAAGAGGAAGAAGGACAAAACCUUUGGACCUCAAUAUUGAGUGAAGUUUCAACUAGAUCGAGUUCAAAGUUGCCAUCAGGAAAAAAUAUCCUGAUAUUUGGUGAGGAUGGAUCAGGAAAAACAGCACUUAUGUCCAAACUUCAAGGAGCUGAUCACAACAAGAGAGGGAGGGGACUGGAGUAUCUGUACCUAAAUGUCCAUGAUGAGGACAGAGAUGAUCUAACUCGCUGUAAUGUGUGGAUCCUGGAUGGAGACCUAUACCACAAAGGCCUACUUAAGUUUGCUGUUUCAGCUCAGUCACUACCUGACUGUCUAGCUGUGUUUGUUGCAGAUAUGUCACGGCCCUGGACCAUUAUGGAGUCACUGCAGAAGUGGGCCAGUGUGCUACGUGACCAUGUGGACAAGCUCAAGAUCCCUCCAGAGGACAUGAGAGAAAUGGAGCAGAAGAUGGUGAAAGCGUUCCAAGAGUACACAGAACCGGAGGAUGCCACCCCAUCCUCCCCACAGAGACGGGCCCCAACAGCAGGGGAAGACGAGGCCGUUGUGUUACCACUUGGGGACAACGCACUCACACACAACCUGGGCAUUCCAGUGCUAAUAGUUUGCACAAAGUGUGACGCAGUCGGCGUACUAGAAAAGGAGCAUGACUACAGAGAGGAGCACUUCGAUUUCAUCCAGUCCCACAUCAGGCAAUUUUGCUUACAGUAUGGAGCUGGCCUGAUCUACACGUCAGUCAAAGAGGAGAAGAACCUGGAUCUGCUUUACAAAUAUUUAGUGCAUAAGAUUUAUGAGUUCCAGUUCACCACACCGGCUUUAGUGGUGGAGAAGGAUGCAGUGUUCAUUCCAUCUGGAUGGGAUAAUGAGAAGAAAAUUGGGAUUUUGCAUGAAAACUUAACAACAGUCAGACCCGAAGAUCCAUUUGAAGAUUUUAUCACAAAGCCCCCAGUACGAAAGCUGGUUCAUGACAAAGAGAUAAAUGCAGAGGAUGAGCAGGUAUUCCUGAUGAAGCAACAGUCUUUGUUAGCAAAGCAGCCAGCCACGCCAACAAGAGGAGCAACAGAGUCUCCAGGACGGACAGCCUCAGGGUCUCCCAGGCCCGCGGGUCGCGCCGGCCAACCCAACGUGACCAGCGGCUCACCAAUGACUGCUGUCAAAAAGCCUGACCCUAACAUGAAAGCGGGGGCUGCCAAUGAGGGAGUGCUGGCUAACUUCUUCAACAGUCUGUUGAGUAAAAAGACUGGAGCCCCAGGGAGCCCAGGGAGCCCAGGAAGUGGAGCAGUUGGAGCUGGAGUGCAAGGGUCCGCCAAGAAAACAGGGCAGAAGCCGGGUUUGAAUGAUGUCCAGGCGGAGUUGGACCGGAUGACUCGCAAACAAGACUCCAUGGUUUCAGCUAACAACAUACCGCCGCCGACUGAAAACGAAGCGUGAAGGCAACAAAAACAGCUUCACCGUCCACUGCGUUAAUACUCUGGAAAUAUACAUGUACAUGUGAGCGUAAAAAAAUUGACCAAAUUCCCAAUGUCAGUAUCAGUCAGCACACACAAUGGUUUCACCAAAAUGAGUUUCAGAUGCUAUCAGAUAUUUUGGUGUUCUGGUGAGAUGGUAAGAGAGAUUGGGGUGUUAAUGAGAUGAUAAAGGAGUGCUAAAGCUUGGCUUUAUUUCUGUCCUCUCCUCCACUGUAAAUGUUAUUUUGUGAGGGAUGUCAGAUUAUGGAAAUGUGUGCACACUCCCUGUCAGCCAGCCUGAUGUGCUGGGCUGCAGGCCCCCCAGUUUCUGGGGUAAAACACACUCUGGUUCAGCUUAUCUCGUGGAAGGAAUUUGGUUGCGAUUGGAAAGGUAUUUAAACCUUAAAUAUAUUCAUUGAAAAGCGUAAUUAAAAUACUUGCAAACAUAUGUAGUAUGUAAAAAAAUGUUAGAUAUGAUACUGAUGUAUUUAUACAAAGCUCCUUUUUAUUUUAUUUUGUGCCCCAUUUAUCGGUUAAAGGAAACAUUCAUCUGUAAUCACAUAACAUGUUAAAUAGCCACUGACGUCAUGACACUAAUACGUCCCGAUAGCUGAUAUCAUAUCAUUUGCCCUAUUCAUCUCAAAUGAUUCUGUAAAUAUAAAUACUAAAAAAAAAAUCUAUUCAGGUUAACUUUGAUUUAGUAUAAAAUGCAAUUCUGUCCAAAUUCUGAAAAUAGCUUCUUAGAAUAGAUGAGGUUGGUUGGGAUUUGAUAGGCUUAAAGGUUGCAAUGGAACUGCUUCUUUAGCUACAGGUGUGUAUAUUUGGGGAUGGGGUUGGGCAGCAUCUUUCCUACUAUAACUCCUAAGUGCCUCGCACAGUUAGCUGUUUGUGUCAUAGUAGAGGUGCUUGUCUACAUAAGAGGAAAUGCACUGUAGCACCAUCGGUUAAAAGGUUUUUGUCCAUUUCUUGUCAUCCAUAUAAUUUAUUUUGCUUUUACAUUUUUGUUAAUGUACAACAAGCCUGUGGUCUGUUAUUUUUGAGAAAUAACAUUUCUGUGGCCUAGUUAAUAGUGUUUAAUAGAGCAAUAGAUUGAAUGCCUUCCUUCAAACUGGGCUGCUGAUAUAAGAAGAAACCACAUGAUGAUACUUUUGGGUCCCCCAGAAGAACACUUACUGUGGUGGAAACCACUCACUUUGCAGCCAAAAGACACACAAUGAUUUGCUGUGGUUUGAACAAAAUGAGAUAUUGUGUUUCACAGCACUGUCCUUUUGAUUUCACAUGUUUUAUUCACACUGUACUUCACAUGUCAGUUCAAACAUUCCCAGUUUCUACAUGAAGUAGCUGUAGAAACACAGCCCUGUAGUAAAACCUGUUUGUCCUGUCAGGUCUUUUUGUUCAGUCUCUUUCAGUGCCCAUUUAAAGUAAGCCUUUGCCUUCAAUGUACAGCUAACAGUUUGUCACACUGUGCACCCUGCCUUUACAGGAAUGCUUCUAAUUAAUUUGUGUGUCCUUAAGGGGUUGCUUAAUUGUGUUAUGUAAAUUCUUUCUUUUUUUUCUUUUUAUAUAAAUUAAAACCAUUAUACUGUACCAUAUCAAAUCUGUAAUAAUUAUGGUUUCAUGACACCAUAAUUUAAUCAAAAUUAAUUAAGUGUACAUUAUCAUUAAGUCUGUAUGCAAGGCCCUACUUAAUCUUAUGGAUAGUGUACAUCAGUAGCUUUCACAGAAGUAAUGACAGGUGUGACAAGAGCAGCUAUUUGCUAUUUAAUAGCAAAAAAGGACAACUGGAGUGAAUUGGGAUAUGGAACCAAAGAUGCAUAUUAGUCACUCUUUUCUGCUUUUAUAGUUGAGAAUCAUCCAUAAGAUUAACCAGUGGUCAUGUUGUGUCCCACUCUUGCAUGGAGCCCUCGCAUUCAAACUUCAGACCUUCCUAUGAACUCCUGUUGUAAAUAACACCCUAUAACACCCUAAUGGUAGAAAUGCCUUACUCCACUCAACCAUAUAUGGGGUUUUAUGAGUCAAAGGAAGACAAAUACCAUACUUAUGUACAGUAGAUUGUGGUAAAUUCUCUAACUUGGUCUACACAUUUAAUGCAAUUAGGGUUUAACUUUAAAUUUGCUCUGUAAGGGAAUAACCACAAGACCAUAUUGGUGUACUGUCUACGUUAUGCAUGCUUUGAUUUGUUAUCAAAAUUAUGCUACACAACUGUUUUGGAUUUACUUUUGAUCAAAAUGAAGAUCUUUUCAUUUCUCCUUAUCUUUUCCUUUUUUUGUGACUGGGUGGAAUGUGCACCUGAGGGUCUGUUGCCGAAGUGGAUGAAGCACAAUUUAAGAACAGCCAGGAGCAGUAUCGUCACAUGUUGAAAUCAGCACUUUUCCUUGGACACUUGUAUCAAUUCCCUGUUGCUACAGUUACCGAUACAGAAUGCAUAUUUUUUUUGUUUUUGCCUUGCCUUUGUUAGAAGAUUUAGUAAUGAACCUAGAAGUUAAUCUGUCUAAACAGUAAAACUGCAUUAUUUAUCUGCAUUUGCUGCUUAAGUUAUGGAAGGUGCCCCUGGUGGUUAACUAUGGAAUAACCACUUUCUGCUGGUGAUAUUGUAAAUUGAAUCAAUCCUCUACACAUGUCAUUACACCUUUGCUAGGGAUGUUUUUUGGGACGUCUUGAAGUAGAUAAACCAAAUAAAUGUCCAUUCAUUUUCAGGUUUGACCUUUUUGCCCAUGAAACUUCCCCUUGUUUAUGUUUACAUCCUAGGCAUGUUUUGUUUGUGUUGUCAAAUAGGGCUUUGCCCAUAGACACUUUCUGUUUAAAAGAAUUUUGAAAUGCCACCCUAAUCUGACGGACCACCACACUGAUAUUUCUUCAUCAAACAUGGCCACAAUUGUUAAAUUUGGCAUUUAGCUGAGUGGAAUGAAGUGCUCUCAUGCUGCUUGUUUUCAAAGUUGCAUUCGCUUUUUGUAAAUGUUGGAUGUUGCUCCCAAGAUUGAAUAAUGAACAGUUGUAACUUUUGUAAUCAAACGUCAGUUGAAAGCAACUGCCUCUUCACAUCCUAACUGAAUUGCCUUCAACCACUAUUGACUAUAUUGUCUACAUCUAUAUGAGACUUUGAGCUUCUGCUUCCAGUCCUUUUGUAUUCAGGAUAUCAAGACAUUGUAAGCACAUGGCUGGCUGCAUUUGUGUGUCCUGAAUUAAUUCAGAAGUUGAUUGUAUGACUUUAACACAAUUCUGUAGCCUUUAAGCUGCAAUGUGGAUUCUCGCUUCUUACGCCGACAAAGAUAAGGAAAAUGUUUAUCAGACCCCUGGCUUCAAUAAAACCAAGAAUCCAAACUUU